AUGUUGUCUCUUGCUCGGCUUGUAAGUAAGGCAGUUACAACGAAACCGUAUUUGACACGUCAGAUUACCACUACUUCUAUUCAGAAUGGCAAAUUUUUCGCCGAUGCGGAAGACAAACGUCUCGACCAGCAUUACCUGGAUAUCUUCAACGAUCCAAACAUCGAUGGUUUUUUCUUGCGAGGAGCUAUGCAAGACUUACAUGAACUGGAUAUGAUUCCUGAUCCUGAUAUUUGUGAUGCUGUGUUACGUGCUUGCCGACGAGUGAACGAUUUUGCACUUGCUAUACGUUUUAUCGAAUCUCUGAAAGAGAAAUGUGUUCUCAAACGAUGGACUCACAAAUGGUUGCUGGAUAAGAUUAAGCCUACCAUGGACGAAUUAGGCAUCCCAACACUAGAGGAAAUGAAUUACGACAAACCCGAAUUGUUUGUGCCUCUGCCUGAGUGGUGGUGGGAACGAAAGUGCUGGAAGACACAAACGUCAAUGGGUAUUAGUGUUAUCAACGAAAUGGGUGUUAAUAGUUAUGACGUUUCGGCUAAGUAUUAUAAAAAUUUGAAUGGAACAAUUGUUGUGGAAUAA